AGUUGAACCAGCUGGUCAAAUUCAUCAAUUGAAAACAUUGCUUAAUUUCAUGUCAUUUGACUUAGAAACAAAAAUUAUAUGGUGAUUAGUGAUUAGUGAAGUAGGUAUGUGAGUAUUAUAUAUAGUUUGAAGGAAUAAUCAAAAGUUAAGAGUGUGAAUCAGAAAUGGAUAAUUUUGUGUGGAGAGUGUUACCCCUUUUUGCACUGCUUGUUGCCUUCGUCGCAUUCUUCUAUUUGCAGGAUUCCUACAAGGCUCAAUUUUCUCCUCUUAUAAAGUUACCAGUUGAUAAUGAUAAUGAGUGCAGCCUUCUUCCCUUUCGACACUAUUGGAUAUCCAGCAAGCGCAUUCUGACCCCACAAGGCUUCAUUUCUGGCUCAGUGGAGAUAAAUGAAGGGAAGAUUGUAGCUGUUGUUGAAGGAUAUGGUAAGCAGGGGAAUUCUAGGCAAGACGAGGUUAUUGAUUAUGGAGAGGCUGUUGUCAUGCCCGGCUUGAUCGAUGUGCAUGUACAUCUUGAUGAACCUGGGAGAACUGAAUGGGAGGGAUUUGUUACUGGUACUAGAGCUGCUGCUGCUGGUGGCGUGACAACAGUGGUUGACAUGCCUCUAAACAAUCACCCUACAACUGUGUCUAAGGAAACGCUAGAACUUAAGCUUGAAGCUGCAAAUAAGAAACUCCAUGUUGAUGCGGGGUUUUGGGGAGGCCUGGUCCCUGAAAAUGCACUUAAUACCAGUAUUCUUGAUGGCCUCUUAAGUGCUGGUGUUCUUGGUGUAAAGUCUUUUAUGUGUCCUUCAGGAAUUAAUGACUUUCCUAUGACUACUAUUGAUCACAUCAAGGAGGGACUAACUGUGUUGGCAAAAUAUAAAAGACCUUUAAUUGUGCAUGCUGAGAUUCAACUAGAUUCCGAAAGUCAUUCGGAACUCAAAGAUAAUAGAGACCCUCGAGUUUAUUUGACCUAUCUCAACACUAGGCCCCCUUCAUGGGAGCAGGCUGCUAUUAAAGAACUUGUGGGUGUUACGAAGGACACUAUAGUCGGAGGUCCUUUAGAAGGAGCGCAUGUUCACAUUGUCCACUUGUCUGAUUCCAGUCUUUCCCUAGAUAUGAUUAAGGAAGCAAAACGUCGAGGUGACAGCAUAAGUGUUGAGACAUGCUCCCAUUACUUAGCUUUCUCAUCUGAAGAGAUACCGGAUGGAGAUACUCGUUUUAAGUGUUCCCCACCCAUUCGAGAUGCACACAACAGAGAGAAACUGCGGGAGGCUGUACUGGAAGGGCACAUUGAUUUUUUGACUUCUGAUCAUUCACCUACUGUGCCAGAACUCAAGCUUCUUGAGGAGGGUGACUUCUUGAGGGCUUGGGGUGGCAUUUCAGGUUUGCAGUUUGAUCUUCCAGUGACAUGGUCAUAUGGAAAGAAAUAUGGAUUGACUCUGGAGCAAUUAUCGUUAUUGUGGAGCAAGAAACCCGCAGCAUUUGUAGGAAUAGAAUCAAAGGGAGCCAUUGCAGUUGGAUACCAUGCAGACAUUGUAGUGUGGCAACCAGAGGUGGAGUUUGAUGUGAACGACACUUAUCCCAUUUUCCUUAAACAUCCUAGCCUCUCUGCUUAUAUGGGAACACGGUUAUCCGGAAAAGUUUUGGACACUUUUGUUAGAGGAAACCUUGUAUUUAAGGAGGGGAAGCAUGCUUCUGCAGCCUGCGGUGUUCCAAUUCUAGCCAAAUGAAUUGGUUCAAAGUUUGGUUAAUGUAAUUUAUCCUGCAUGAUCCUAAUUCAUGCUAUAGAGGGGCUCCAAAGAUGCUAUGCUAUUUGGCUUGUGUCAUAAAUAAGAGAUGACAUUCUCCUUCUCCAAGCUAUAGAUUAAGAUUAGUGUUGUAGUUUGUAUUAUUGCUGCAUGCAUGUUUGAACACUAAAAUUUCUCAAAACCUUUCUUGUUAGAACAUUUGGAAGUUUAGUUUUCUGUAAUCUUCCACAUAAUUUUAGUAACAAUAAUUCAAUAGCACUUGUAAAGUUGAGUUA